AUGUCAUGGGACUCUAUAGAGUCGCGCGACUUCCUCGGCGGGGCGCCGGCGCACCAGUUGUCGGCCACGCGACUGCUCAGCUCGCCUGAUCCGUCGCGACACCAUCUCGAUGAGCAGCCAGGUAUGGAGACCUUCAGAUAUUUCGACAGUAGCGGCGUAAGGGAGGGGCGGUGGGGGCGGUCCGGGGGGCUGCUCGACUGCUUCCGCGCCUGCCGCGAGCGGCUCGACCAGUACUUGGCGAGGAGAAAGAUCGAGCGCGGCGUCCGGUUAUACAGUCAGAACGAGCAGCGGCUAGCCGUCAAGAUAUGGCUGUCCGCGCUGCGAGGCGUCCGGCACCGGACGGACAAGUUCACGCUGCUCGGACACUUGUAUCAGGCGUACAUGGACUUUGGGAAGUACAGAGAAUCAAUAGAGUUCGCCACACGCCAGCUGGGCAUCUCAGAGGAAUUAGACUCGGCGCCGAUGCGCGCGGAAGCGUAUCUGAAUCUAGCGCGUGCACAGCAGACGCUGGGUGGACUUGACAGAGCACUAUCCUACGCCCGCCACGCGCUCUACAACGACUGCGGUGGAGGUAACAUCGCGGGCUUCGUGCAUCUGACAGUAGCCAGUGUCAGCCUGGAGUUGGGCUCCUUCUCCAAGGCGAUGGACGGCUUCCAGAAGGCUCUUUCGGUGGCCCAGACGCAGCAGGACAACACACUUCUACUACAGGUGUACGUCGGCCUUUCAGAGCUAUGGCGCCGUCUGCGCGACGCCGAGCGCGCGGUCGCGUGCGCUGCACGCGCGUGCGAUCUCGGUCGCGGGCCGCGGUCGGCCGACCUGAACACGCGUCACCACCGCACUGCGUUGCUGCAAAUGGCCGCCGCUUUGAGGGCUAGGGGGGAGCUGGGAGACGCACACGACUAUUGCAAUGAGGCACUCAGGCUGGCAGCAGUGGCAGGAGACCAGGGUUGCUAUGCGCGAGCCGUGCGCAUAGCCGGCGACGUCUACCGGAGGAAAUGCGACAUCGGGAAAGCUCUUAGACAUUACGAAGUGGCAAUGGGUGCCGGCCAGGCGCUGGGUGACAGAUUAGCCCAGAUGGAAGCUAUGGACGGAGCUGCUAGAUGUCUGGAGGUUCUGCGAAUACAAGGAAGGAUCUGCAACUGCCGACCGCUGGAGUUCAAUACUAGGUUGCUGGAGGUCUCUACUUCGGUUGGAGCUAAGAUGCUAGUCCGCCGCGUGCGCCUCCGUUUGGCCGAGAUCUACACAGCGCUUGGUGACAACAACGCGGCCGCUCGCCAGAAACGUUCUGCGGCCACCUGGUCGCUGCCUACUUGUGCUCGGUGCCGGGAGCCUCUAGCAGAUAGGCCAGAGCCUUUGGCAUCGCUACCGUGCGCUCAUAUCGUUCACCACGCGUGA